AGCCAGUCUAAGGGUGACACAUUGAAUAUGUAAAAAAAGAAGAAACUAUCCACAAACAGCUCUACUGGAAGUGUUUUGUAGACAUUACGUCCCGUCACGAAUACGAACGUCAGCAACCUGCCUCACUUUUUUUACGGCUUUUCCCAAAAACGACAAAAUAAGGUUUUUAUCUUAAAUCUCGAGAUGGAGGAUGAAAAUCUCCCUGGUUUGGAGGCGUCUGUGCCCCAAUCAGCCCAAAGUUCUCUAGAACGCAGACAAUCCGUUCGAAGUCACAGGCACCCACUACCCCCUGAAAGAAAAGGUUCUAUGAAGGGCCUCUACUCCGAUGACUUCACUACUUUGAGGUUCAAGACUUGUGCAGAGGAACCAGACUCCCAGCAGCGGUCCUACAGCAGUUGUGAUGCAAUGGAAGGCACAAGUUCAAAGUCCCCGUUUGCCCAAUACAAGUUUGAUGAGAAAGAUUAUUACGGACUAUGCUCAAAGCAAUUACUCACGUCAUACUACAGCCGUGGCGGAGACACACCCAAGGUCCAGAUGCCAUACAAAACCAUCAGUGGCAAAAUCCCUCGGGAUUUGAAAAAAGAACGGUGUCGACGGGAGUAUUUGAAGCUAAAUUUUGAAGAACUUUUGGCGGAGAAAAACAUUGACUCCAAUCUUCUAAUACCGCGUUGUUUGGGCAGCAGUGAUGAGCAGCCUCUUCUGUCGCCGUAUCUUCCACUUGAGAUAUUUGACAACGAGGAAUACGAUUGUCGGACUGCCCAAGACUGGCUUUCCAUGGGAAUAGCUCCAGGAUCGUCUGAUCGAAAACCAAUUCCAUCAAAAGCGUUACUGCUUGCAGAUGACACAGAAAUGUUUGUAGAUGAUCAAGCUCCCCCAUCACUGGAGUACAGCUGGCAUCUAGUGGGCGUCCUUGACUACAACGAGGAGAAAUGUCAGUACUUGGUAGAAAAGGUUGUUCAAAACAGCAAACUGAAAGAUGAGGAGAGUUGCCUGCAAACGGGCAAUAGGUACUGGGUACCCAGGAUCCGGUUGCUGUUCAGUGCCGAGGACCCGCGAGUCUUCGUCCAACGGAUCCAGUUUGCCAUGCAUCAAAGGGAGAACACGGAAGCCCUCAUCCUCUACAACUUGAUUGUUGACUGCAUGCCUAUCUGGGAGAAAACCCCAUCUCUGGAUCCUCAGUGUCUCUACAACAUCAAAAAACGUGCCCUCUCAGGCCACGGCCUUAAACUAGACAUUGUUCAAAAGUUUGUAGAAGGACUUGGGAAGGAGGUCAAGCUGGAUUACGACCGUACCAUGAACCGCUUCAUCCUGGAUAAAAUGGUAAAAUGCGAUCCACAAGAGUUCUCCCACAUCGUGGUGCCACAGAAGGAACCUGAGCACGUGCCGCUUAUAGGCUGUGUAACAGUUCCUCGCUUUAGCUACAAGAAGAACCGAGCUGCGUUUAUCACCAAGUCCAUGCUGACAGAGCCUCAAGUGAUCUACACGUUAUCGGAAAUCAGGUUCGAGUGCAACAAACUAGCGACCAUGAAACUCUUCAACGUGUCCUUAACCAAACCUCUGCGAUUGGACGAGUUUGAAGCAAACCAGGCCCAAAUGCAGACUCAGAUAAGCCUGUUCCUGCGGGAGGCGUGGAUGAUCACGGUGACGUACAGCCUCCGACACAACCUGGGGAACAUCGGCAAAGGCGCGUACAACAUGAGCGAGUCUAAAUGGGAUAUGUACAUGGUUACCAAGCUGAACAAACUGAUGGCUGUGGUGCACUACAACCUGCAGGACUCUCUACGCAACCUCGUAGAGGACUCCUUGCUCUGCCUGAGCAAGUUGAUUAUGGACGCGUGCUGCAGCGUGCACACGUGCCCUGACGACCUGGCGUGGGGGGACGACCUCAUCACUAGCCCUUACAAGCCAAAGAACAAGCCUCUGUUCCAGGUGGACUUGCUUUUGAACGAGACCGGAGUACAUUACAGCACACCUCUGGAGAAUUUUGAGACCUGUAUCUUGAACCUAUUCAACGAGGGCAUUCUGGUGACGCACAAUAUACCCAUGCUGGAUAAGUUUUUGAUGAAGCGCUUGUUAUUCGGCGACGAGCCUGUGCUGGAGUCAGUGAAUCUUUGUGAGCCAAAAGUAAAAGAGCUGAGAGAGAAGAUCUGCAUAGCGCUCAAAAAAGCCAUCAUACCCCUCAAAGCGUAUGCUGCUGAAUACGCCAAAUACCUUGAGCUUUACAACUUGGACGUCGUGGCCCAUUUUGCAGCCAGCGCUGAUGACGAGAAGACAUCCAAGGUCAUAAAAAAAGAAGUAGAACAGCAUAUCAUGGACAGAGAAGAGCUCCAUAAAUCCCUGCCGUCCUCCAUUAUCAUUGGUGCGUUUAUCGUGCAUGUUGAGGGAGUACGUCAGGCGCUUUUGAAUAAAUCGAAGGCUUUAGCCGUCGCGACCUUGGAAAACCAUGCCGAGAAGCUACGAAAGCUAGUGGAAGAAGAAUGCGAGGAGUUCAGCACUAUUAGUUACACGCUCGCAGAACGUCCCGGCAGCAUUGAGGACCUGACGGACAAGAGGGAGUGGAUGAAACAGAUUCCUGACACGCUCAAAAGUUGCAAGGAACGCGUUGGAAAGAUUUUAGCAGAGUAUGAACUAUUUGAAGAGUUCUACUACUCCUUAUCAAAUGACGAUUUUAAUAAGAAGUGGAAAGCUAUUGAGUGGCCACAAAGAAUCCUCAGACAGAUGGAAGAUAUAACCAGUCAUCUUGUUGAAGAGGAGGAGCGCUUCCAAAAAAUCCAGAUCACCGACCAGGACGUGUUUGAGCAGCGCCUUGGAUCUCUCCAGAUGAUGGUGAGCAAAUUCACAGCUUUUGCAGAUGUUGAUCAUGCCACUGAGAUGGCCAACGAGGUGAGGCGUACAAGCAAGGAACUGAAAGAGUGCCAGAGUUUGGCUCAGACCUACAACACCAGAGAACGUUUGUUCGGUACUCCUGUCACAAAUUAUGACCGUGUGCACCGAAUGGCGAAGGAAUUCCAGCCAUUCUUUGACCUGUGGACCACAACCUACGAUUGGAUUCAUCGGCAUGAAAGCUGGCUCAAUGAUCCGCUGUCUUCCAUCGACCCUGAGCUGCUUGAGCGCCAUUAUACCGAAGCGUUGGACACCAUGCAUAAAUGUUUCAAACAGUUCAAAGAUAAGCCUGAUUGCCAGACGGUGGCAUCCAUCAUCCUUGCCAGGAUUGAGGACUUCGGUCCUUACGUGCCCCUGGUUCAGGGUCUGAGGAACCCAGGGAUGAGAAUGCACCACUGGCAAGCACUUUCAGAUACCAUCGAGAUAAAAGUUGCUCCCAAAGCCAAUCUUACCUUAUCCCGCUGCUUGGAUCUUGGUCUACAAAAACACAUGGAUGCAAUAACUCAAGUGGCUGAGACGGCUGGGAAAGAGUACAUCAUUGAACAGGCCCUGGACAAGAUGAAAAAAGAGUGGUCGGGAAUACUGUUCGAUCUGAUGGCCUACAAGGACACCGGCACUUACAUCCUGAAGAGUCCCGAUGAAGCAUUACAGCUGCUGGACGAUCAUAUUGUCAUGACACAAAGCAUGUCCUUCUCCCCCUAUAAGAAGGCAUUUGAGGCUGAAAUCAACAAAUGGGAGGGCAAACUCAGGACAACUCAAGACGUGUUGGAAGAGUGGCUGCUGUGCCAGGGCUCCUGGCUCUACCUGGAGCCUAUCUUCAGCUCGGACGAUAUCAAUGAACAACUUCCUGUGGAGGGACAGAGAUACCAACAAAUGGAAGAAAUAUGGAAAAGAAUCAUGAAAAAUGCUUAUGAAAACCCAAAUAUAAUUGAGUUCUGCCCUGGUCCUCACCUGCUGGACAAGCUGAAAAAGUGCAAUGUACUUUUAGAACAGGUGCAGAAGGGUCUCAGCGAAUACUUGGAGAUAAAGCGAAGCGCCUUUCCUCGGUUCUACUUCCUGUCAGAUGAUGAGCUCCUGGAGAUUCUCUCUCAGACCAAGGAUCCCACCGCUGUACAGCCACACUUACGCAAAUGCUUUGAGAACAUCGCACGGCUUAAAUUCCAACCGGAUCUACUGAUCACACAUAUGUAUUCUGGGGAGGGAGAGGAAGUCGAGCUGGCUACGACCGUGUCACCCUUUGGGAAUGUGGAAGACUGGCUGAGGGAUGUGGAAAGAUCAAUGAAGGCUACGGUCAGGGAUUACAUUGAACGCUCACUUAAAGUCUACCCGGAGGAACCCCGUGAAGAGUGGGUUUUAUCAUGGCCCGGGCAAGUGGUAAUAGGCGGCUGUCAGGUCUUUUGGACUUUGGAGGUGUCGGAGGCUUUGGAGCAAGGGGACCUGGCCGAUCGUCUUUAUCCCCAGCUGCAGAUUCAGCUGGGAAACUUGGUGCAUCUGGUGAGAAGUGGCGUGUCCAAAAUGCAGCGAGCCGUGUUGUCUGCUCUCAUCGUCAUCGAGGUGCAUGCUAAAGAUGUGGCGGCCAAACUGGUGGAGCAGGGGGUGUCCGGCGUCAAUGACUUCGAAUGGAUUAGUCAGCUCAGAUAUUACUGGGCCAGAGAGGACUUGUACAUCCGAGCGGUGAAUGCCGAGUUCUUGUAUGGAUAUGAGUACCUUGGAAACUCUGGACGACUGGUCAUCACCCCACUCACAGACAAAUGCUACCUGACGCUGACUGGAGCCCUCCACCUGAAGUUUGGAGGAGCCCCCGCAGGUCCAGCGGGCACAGGAAAGACAGAAACCACUAAAGAUCUGGGAAAGGCUCUUGCCAUCCAGACUGUGGUCUUCAACUGCUCCGACCAGUUAGAUUUCAUGGCGAUGGGCAAGUUCCUCAAAGGUUUGGCCACCUCUGGUGCCUGGGCAUGUUUCGAUGAGUUUAAUCGUAUAGAUGUUGAGGUGUUGUCUGUGGUGGCACAACAGAUCACCACAAUACAAAAGGCCCAACAACAAAGGGCAGAGAGGUUUGAAUUUGAGGGUUCCGAUAUCCCCCUCGUGCCCUCUUGCGCCGUGUUCAUCACCAUGAAUCCCGGUUAUGCUGGCCGUACAGAGUUGCCAGACAAUCUCAAGGCUCUGUUUCGUCCAGUGGCCAUGAUGGUGCCCAACUUUGCCAUGAUCGCGGAGAUCUCGCUGUACUCGUUCGGCUUCACUGACGCCAAAGUCCUCUCGCAGAAGAUCACCAGCACGUUCACGCUCUCUUCUGAACAGCUUAGCUCUCAGGAUCACUACGAUUUUGGAAUGAGGUCUGUGAAGUCCGUCAUCUCAGCUGCCGGAAAUCUGAAGAGAGAAAAUCCUAAUAUGAAUGAGGAGUUGAUCUGCCUGCGGGCCAUCAAGGAUGUCAACGUCCCGAAAUUUUUACGAGACGACCUGAAGCUUUUCAACGGAAUUGUGUCCGACCUUUUCCCAAAGACAAAACAGGAGCCUAUUGAUUACGGCAUACUUGAGGAAUCGAUGCGUACUGUAUGCAUUAAGAUGAACCUCAAAGAUGUGGAUGAAUACAUUGGUAAGUGCAUUCAACUGUAUGAGACCACUGUGGUGAGACAUGGCCUGAUGUUAGUGGGACCGUCAGGAUCGGGUAAAACCAAGUGUUAUGAGGUUCUCGGUGCGGCGAUAACGGCUCUAAAGGGUCAACCGUCCGUCAGCGGCGAUUUGUAUGAAGCAGUUCAGAUAUACGUGCUCAACCCCAAGUCGAUCACCAUGGGGCAGCUUUACGGGGAGUACGACUUGCUCACUCAUGAGUGGACAGAUGGCAUCCUCUCCUCUUUGAUCCGGAUGGGUACGUCGGUAAUGGACAACGAUAAAAAGUGGUACAUGUUCGAUGGCCCUGUGGAUGCGGUUUGGAUUGAGAACAUGAACACUGUGCUGGAUGACAACAAAAAACUCUGCCUGAGUUCAGGGGAAAUCAUCAAGCUUUUGGAUACCAUGACCAUGAUGUUUGAGGUGCAGGACUUGGCUGUGGCCUCGCCGGCGACAGUGUCUCGCUGCGGUAUGAUCUACCUAGAGCCCAGUAUUUUGGGCCUUGUGCCCUUCACGGAAUGCUGGCUCAGGCAGGUCCCCAAAGUCAUGAAACCGUACACGGAACAGCUCACUACCCUGUUUGACAAGUUCUUGCAGGACGCUAUCAAUUUUGUUCGUGAAUCGGUAAAAGAGGUGAUCACGUCGCUCGACAGCAAUCUGACCUGUAGUCUCGUCAAACUCAUGGACUGCUUCUUUAACCCCUUCAACUUUAAUGAGGACGACAAGCCGCCACCCCGAAAUAAAUUGGAGCGUGUGAAGGACCUGAUUGAGCCGUGGUUCAUUUUCUCCCUGGUGUGGAGUGUCGGCGCCACGGGAGACGGCCCCAGUGGCCAGCGCUUUAGUGCCUGGCUCAAAAACAAGAUGGCAGAAGAGAAGGUGGUAUUGUGCUUUCCAAAUGACGGCCUGGUGUACGACUUCAGGCUUGACGAUGCGGGGAUAAGUCAUUGGAAUGAGCAGGAGGAGGAUACCAAGGAGAGAAAGAUCCAGUGGGUCAACUGGAUUAAUGAUGCCAAGAGCGUUCUAAUCACCCCAGAGACAAGUUACUCCGACAUCAUCGUUCCCACGGCCGACACCGUGAGAAUGACUUUCCUCAUGGAUAUGCUUUUGUCCAAUAUGAAGCCCUUGCUUUGCAUCGGACCCACUGGCACAGGAAAGACCCUCGCGUUGUCCGACAAGCUGCUGAAAAAUAUGCACGCCCAGUACAUCACGCACUUCCUCAUGUUCUCCGCCCGCACGUCGGCCAACCAGACUCAAGAUUUUAUCGACAGCAAGCUAGAUAAAAGGCGGAAAGGUGUUUUUGCGCCACCGAAGGGCAAGUACUUCAUCUUCUUCAUCGAUGACCUCAACAUGCCCAUGUUGGAGACUUAUGGCGCCCAGCCUCCCAUUGAGCUGCUGCGGCAGUGGAUGGACCAUUGUGGCUGGUAUGACAGGAAGCAGAUUGGGGCUUUUAAGCAAAUCGUGGAUAUCAAUUUCGCCUGCGCCAUGGGACCGCCGGGCGGAGGACGGAACCCCAUCACAGCGCGCUUCACACGCCACUUUAGUUUUCUGUCUUUCACUGAGCUGGAGGAUGCCAGCAUGACCAAGAUUUUCUCCACCAUCGUUGGCAGUUGGAUGAGUGGAAAAAUGAGUAAAAAGAAUCCAGGAAAAUCGGUGCCGGAAAUUGUGCUAUUGAACAGCGCCAUCGUCAAAGCCACAAUCCACGUCUACGCUACUAUUUGCUCUCAGCUUCUACCAACUCCUACAAAAUCUCAUUACACAUUCAACCUCAGAGACCUGUCCAAGGUCUUCCAGGGCAUCCUCAUGGCCGAGACUAGCAUGGUUGAGACCAAGGAAAUGCUCCUUCAGCUGUGGUACCAUGAGAACUGCCGGGUUUUCCAGGAUCGCUUGGUGUGUGCGGAAGACAGGGAGUGGUUCAACAAUCUCCUGAAGGACUGUAUUGAGGAGUUUGGCUGCAAAUAUGACGAGGUUGUGCCCUUCCAGCCUAUCUUAUACGGGGAUUUCAUGAUUCCCGGCGCACUCCACAAAGUUUACACGUUCAUAGAAGACAAGGAAAAGUUGGAAGAAAUCAUGGUGGAAUACAUGGAAGACUACAACCAGAACUGCACGCCCAAAAUGAAGCUCGUGCUCUUCAUGGACGCCAUUCAGCAUGUGUGCCGAAUAGGUCGAGUUCUGCGCCAGCCGCUUGGCAACGCCCUGCUGCUCGGAGUCGGAGGCAGUGGACGACAGUCCCUCACAAAACUUGCCUCAUAUAUAUCUGAGUAUAAGUGUUUCCAGAUUGAACUGUCCAAGAACUACGGUCAGUUUGAGUGGCGGGAGGACAUCAAAAGCAUCAUGCUGAAGGCUGGCCUUCAUAACCAGCAGAUCACUUUUCUCUUCGUAGAUACACAGAUUAAAAGUGAGUCAUUCCUGGAGGACAUCAACAGCAUUUUGAACUCCGGUGACGUUCCCAACUUGUACGCCUCGGACGAACAAGAGCGCAUCUUGGCAGGAAUGAAGCCGGUGGUGCAAGAGCUGGGACAACAGCCGACCAAAUCCAAUCUCAUGGCCGCCUACCUAAAGAGAGUCCGCUGCAACAUCCACACAGUACUCUGCAUGAGUCCUAUCGGGGAGGUGUUUCGUGCACGACUGAGGCAGUUUCCCUCACUGGUAACAUGUUGCACCAUAGACUGGUUCAGUGCUUGGCCGGACGAGGCUCUGCAAGCUGUGGCCACAUCGUUUCUUAAUGAGCUACAUGAGCUGGAUGCGAGCCCCGAAGCCAUGAAUGGACUGGUGUCUAUGUGCAUGAGGAUCCACCAGAGCGUAGCCAGGAAGUGUGAACAAUUUCUCGCUGAGCUUUCUCGACAAAACUACGUGACGCCGAAGAGCUACCUGGAACUACUCAACAUCUUCUCGGAUCUCAUCGGGCGCAAGAAACAAGAGCUGUGCCACGCUCGGCAACGCAUGAGGACUGGUCUGGACAAGCUUCUGAGCACAGCAGAGGAUGUGAGUAAGAUGCAAGAGGAGCAAGAGUUGAUGAGACCUCUUCUGGAGGAGGCUUCAAGGGAAACGGAGGUCACAAUGGAGACCAUCAAAAAAGACUCCGUGAUUGCAGAGGAGACCAAAAAGUCAGUACAAGAAGAGGAAGUCAAAGCUUCGGAGAAAGCCCGCAUAGCAGGAGAGAUCGCCACUGAUGCGCAGAGAGACCUGGACGAGGCCCUGCCAGCCCUAGAGUCCGCUCUCACCAGCCUCAAGUCCCUCAACAAGGGAGACGUCACUGAAGUGCGAGCCUUGCAGCGCCCCCCUCAGGGGGUGAAGUUGGUCGUUGAGGCUUUGUGCAUCAUGAGGGAAGUCAAACCGAAGAAGAUCGCUGGAGAAAAACCUGGAACCAAGGUCGAUGACUACUGGGAAAAUGGCAAAGUUUUGCUGCAAGAUCCUGGAAAGUUUCUGGAUAGUCUUUUUAACUAUGACAAGGAUAACAUCCCAGAAAAAGUGAUUUCUCUAGUGCAGCCCUACAUAGAUAAUGAAGAAUUCCAACCAGCUGCCAUUGCCAAAGUUUCCAGAGCCUGUACUUCCAUUUGCCAGUGGGUUCGAGCCAUGCAUCUUUACCACUUUGUAGCCAAGGGCGUGGAGCCUAAACGGCAAGCGCUCCAGGCAGCCCAAGCGGAAUAUGAUGAAUCUCAGAGGAGUUUGAAAGCUGCAAAAGACCAGCAAGCGGCUGUGGAAAGUGGUAUUGUUGCAUUGCAGGUCAAGUACCAAGACUGCCUGGCCAAGAAAAACGAACUGGACCACAAGUAUCAACUGUGUGAGAAACGCCUUGUUCGGGCAGACAAGCUUAUAGCUGGGCUGGCGGAUGAGAAAACCCGUUGGAAAGAUACUGUGCAACAUCUGGAAUACAUGGUCAAUAACGUUUCAGGUGAUGUGUUACUGUCUGCAGGCUAUGUGGCCUACAUGGGACCCUUCACUGGAGAGUACAGAGCUGCCAUGUCAGAUGAGUGGCUGCAGUUAUUCAAGGAACUCAGUGUUCCUCACACUAAUGCACCCAGUCUCAUGUCCACCCUCGGAGAUCCUGUCAAGAUCCGCUCGUGGCAGCUGUCAGGUUUGCCUAAGGACAAUCUUUCAGUGGAGAACGGUGUGAUUGCCCAGUAUUCUCUCCGCUGGGCUCUCUUCAUUGAUCCCCAAGGACAAGCCAACUCCUGGAUCAAAACCAUGGAGAAGGACAGUGGAUUGGAGAUUAUAAAGCUCAGCGACCGAGAUUUCCUACGCAGUCUCGAUAAUGCGAUCCGCUUUGGUAAACCCUGCUUACUUGAGAAUGUGGAAGAAGAGCUGGACCCCGCUUUAGAACCCGUACUGUUACAGCAGACAUUUAAAGAGCAAGGCACCUUGAAGCUGAAGCUGGGCGAUUCUACCAUCCCUUAUCACAAGAGCUUCAAGUUCUACAUCACCACCAAGUUACCCAACCCGCACUACUCUCCAGAGAUCUCCACUAAAGUCACCCUCAUCAACUUUACCCUGUCCCCGAGCGGUUUGGAAGACCAGCUUCUAGCCCAGGUGGUGGCAGCAGAGAGACCAGAGCUAGAAACCGCAAAGAACCAGCUGAUCGUCAGCAAUGCCAAAAUGAAGCAGGAACUGAAAGAUAUUGAAGAUGAGAUCUUGUUCCGUCUCAGCUCCUCAGAGGGGAACCCGGUAGACAAUGAAGAGCUCAUCCAGGUGUUGGAAGCAUCUAAGGUCAAAGCCGGCGAGAUCCAGGCCAAAGUGAUCGUGGCGGAGGAAACCGAAAAGGACAUUGACGCCACCCGUCUGGAGUAUGUUCCUGUGGCUGUGCGCACACAGAUCCUCUUCUUCUGCGUCUCAGACUUGUCCAAAGUGGACCCCAUGUACCAGUACUCCCUGGAGUGGUUCCUUGGCAUCUUCAUGGUUGGCAUCACCAAUGCUGAGAGAGCAGACACGGUGGAGAAGAGAAUUGUGAACAUCAAUGAAUAUUUCACCUUCAGCCUUUACUGCAAUGUGUGUCGCAGCAUGUUCGAGAAGCACAAACUCAUGUUUGCGUUCCUCCUCUGUGCUCGUAUCCUACAGAACGACGGGGAAAUCGACAUGGCUGAGUGGCGUUAUCUGUUAUCUGGCGGCAUGGCCAGCCAGGAGCUUCCCAACCCAGCCAUAAGCUGGCUGUCUGACCGCGCCUGGAAGGACAUCCUGGGCCUGAGCGGACUGGAGACAUUCCGUGACAUGGCAUCCACCUUCGACCAACAUCUGGAAGGCUUCAAGGACAUUUUCGACAGCAACCUUCCUCACAGGGAGCCUCUCCCCGGUGAAUGGGAUAUUAAUCUUGACAGCUUUCAGAAGUUGUUAGUUCUGCGCUGCCUGAGGGCCGACUGCCUUGUUCAAGGCGUACAGGACUUUGUCUCUGCCAAGCUUGGACAGCGUUUCAUAGAACCUCAGACGUCGGACCUGUCUGUGGUCUUCAAGGAGUCGUCCCCUUCCUCUCCCCUCAUCUUUGUUCUGUCACCUGGCACCGACCCAGCCUCUGACCUCUACAAGUUUGCAGAUGCCAUGCACUUUUCCAAGAAAAUGAGUGCCAUCUCACUUGGCCAAGGCCAGGGCCCUUUGGCUGAAGCCUUGAUGCGCACUGCCAUGGAAAGAGGUCAGUGGGUCUUCUUUCAGAACUGUCACCUUGCGCCCAGUUGGAUGCCGGCACUGGAGAGCCUUAUCGAGAACAUUGACCUGAAGGUGCACAAAGAUUUCCGUUUGUGGCUCACAAGUCUCCCCAGCAACAGGUUUCCAGUGUCCAUCCUUCAAAAUGGGACAAAGAUGACCAUUGAGUUGCCCAAAGGCAUCAAGGCCAACCUACAGAAAACCUACCUGAAGCUCACAAAUGAUUUUAUCACUUCCUCGAACAAGGUAGCACACUUGAAGUCCUUGCUCUUGUCUCUGUGUUUGUUCCACGGGAUUGCUCUUGAGCGAAGAAAGUUUGGACCUUUGGGCUUCAAUAUUCCCUACGAGUUCACCGAUGGCGAUCUAAGCAUCUGCAUCAGCCAGCUCAAAAUGUUUCUGGAUGAGUACCAGAACACUCCAUAUAAGGUGCUGAAAUACACUGCGGGGGAGAUCAAUUAUGGCGGCCGCGUGACAGAUGAGUGGGACCGCCGUUGUCUUCUCAGCGUGCUGGAAGAUUUCUACUGUCCUGCUGUGCUCAGUGAGGAACAUAUUUACUCUGCAUCAGGAGUUUACCGGCAGAUUGAAACCAAUGUGGAUAUCAAGGGUUACUUAGCAUACAUCCACAGCCUGCCCAUCAACGAUACACCUGAGAUCUUCGGUCUCCAUGACAACGCUAACAUCAGCUUUGCCCAGAACGAGACGUUUGCUCUGCUGGGAGCCGUGCUACGUCUCCAGCCUCGAACUGCGUCCGCUGGAGGCAAGACCCUGGAGGAGAUCGUGGAGGAAAUAGUAAGCGGGAUCGUGGUGAAGGUCCCGCAGCCUUUUAAUAUUCAAGAGGUGAUGGACAAGUACCCCGUGCUCUAUGAGGAGUCCAUGAACACGGUCCUCAUGCAGGAGGUCAUCAGAUACAACACUUUGCUGGCUGUCAUUGCACAGAGUCUGAGUGAUAUUGUGAAAGCUCUGAAGGGUUUGGUGGUGAUGUCAUCAGAACUGGAGCUUAUGGCCAACAGCCUGUACAACAAUGGCGUGCCUGACAUGUGGAAGGCCAAGGCCUACCCGUCCCUCAAGCCUCUGGCCUCCUGGGUUUCGGAUCUGCUGAAGAGGAUCAGUUUUCUUCAGGGCUGGAUCUCCAAUGGCAUCCCGCCUGUCUUCUGGAUUAGCGGCUUCUAUUUCCCUCAGGCUUUUCUCACCGGAACCCUGCAGAAUUACGCCCGUCGCUUCGGCAUCUCCAUAGACACCAUCGGUUUUGACUUUGAGGUUGUGCUGAAACCAGUGUCCGACAUAAAGGAGAAACCAGACACGGGCUGUUACAUCAAUGGUUUAUUCAUCGAGGGUGCUCGCUGGAGUAAUAAUGACGCUCUGCUCACAGAGUCCAGACCUAAGGAGCUCUACACAGAAAUGGCCGCCAUUUGGUUCAUCCCCACACCUAACCGCAAACCUCCAAGCUCUGGGAUCUACAUCUGCCCCAUCUACAAGACCCUAACACGCGCUGGCACCUUGUCCACCACGGGUCAUUCCACCAACUACGUGAUCGCAGUGGAGCUGCCGACGGAUCAAAUGCCGGGACACUGGAUCAAAAGGGGAGUGGCCCUCAUUUGUGCUUUGGACUAUUGAACACACUUCAGCUUGCAGUUGAUGAUAGGACGGAUACAGUUAGCGUCAUCACACAAAAACUAUUUUUAAUUGAUUUACCAAAGUCCAAGAAAGAACAGUUCCAAGUUUCAUGAGGGUUUAGUUUAGAUCAGGGUUGUACAAACGCUUUGUGAAAAUAAAACGCAAAGUGAAAAUAUUUCAAUGGUCCGCAGGCCACACAAAUACGGCCACAAAAUUAUACUUUCACGACAUAAAAGUAUGUUUUAUUGUAAGUUUAUAAGCUACAGCCGGGGUCGGGAACCUUUUUGGCUGAAAGAGCCAAGAAAGCCAAAUAUUUUAAAAUGUAUUUCUGUAAGAGCCGUAUGAUUUUUUUUUUUAACACUGAACACGUAUAAACAUGUGCAUCUUAUAAAAAGUCUCUUAUUCUUUGGAAUAAUAUUGUUAUUCUGAAGCUAAGUGUGGAAGGGGCGUGGCCUGCGGGCCUGCAGCGAAGCAGGAAUGUGCCAGUACCGGAUUCGAAAUCAGUGACAGUAGCGCAGAUGGCCCACCUGGGCCUUGUUAUCUAAUCACCUGUCGCUCUGUUAUAAGCAGCAGCCGGGAGGAGAGACGGGGUCGGGGGCUAGAGUCAGAGCGCGAGCAAGAACGAAAGAGAAAAAGACAAUUGCUGGAAAGCAAUUGCGAGACUUAUUGAAAAAUAAAAUAUUGUAACCCUGAAACAGGCUCUUAUGUCGGUGCCUGGUGGUCUGAAGAACCCCCAGCAAGGCAAGACCAACACUAACCAAUAAUAAAUAAAUUACUUCUUACAAUUAACGCAACCUCUUGAACGUAUAAAAGCAUGAGAAUGUUUUAUAUUUUGAACGUUAUUUUUAACACUGUGAUUACAAGUGGAAUAAUUCAUUACUUAUCGUGUUAAGCAAUGUCAGCUCAGAUUUAUCCGAGAGCCAUAGGCAGUCAUCAAAAGAGCCACAUCUGGCUCGCGAGCCAUAAGUUCCCUACCCCUGAGCUACAGUAUGUUAAAACGUAUUAUUUUGCUUUAUUUUAGCAAUUUUUACCACGCAACAGUGAGAAAUUUUGCCUCAUGUUAUAUUGCCAAGAUUAUCAUUUUCCAUAGAGCUUCAAAAAGUCAGAACUAUACCGUAGAAAAGGGUUCUCAGAUUCAAAUGUGACUAGUUAGUCUGUAAAAUAGUUUUUAAUAAAUUUUACAAACAGGAAGCCACGCAACAGCAACACCAGUUACAAAUGUAGCCUCAUCUCACCAUAUAUAUAUCGCCAAGAUUAUCAUUUUCCAUAGAGCGUCAAAAAGACUAAACCGUAGAGCAAAGGGGACUAGUUUGUCAGGCUUGUCCCUGACAGUUUGACUAUGUUUUGUUUUUUCCUCCGCAUUUGUCUUUGUUUCCUCUGUGCGUGUAAUGUUUCCUGUCAGCGCUCUCAUAUUGUUUUGGGUUAAAUAGGAAAUUGGGCUGAUUGACACCAGGUGUGGCCAGGUGCCAAUCAGCCGCAGCUGGAGGGGGACAGCACUCAGGGAGAAAGACAGGAAACCAACAAAAUAAGAGCGCUGACAGGAAACACUACACACACAGAGGAAACAGAGACAAAUGCAGAGGAAAAAACUAAAACAUAGUCAAACUGGCAGGAACAAGCCUGAGAUAGUUGGUCUGUAAAAUAGUUUUUAAUACAUUUUACAAUAAAAAACAAACUGGAAACCACGUAACAGCACCACCAGUGACAAAUUUAGCCUCAUAUCACCAUAUAUAUAUAUAUAUAUAUAUAUAUAUGUAUCAAUAUCGCCAAGAUUAUAAUUUUCCAGAGAGCGUCAAAAAGUCAUAACUGUACUGUAGAGCAGGGUUCUCAAAUUCAAAUGUGACUAGUUAGUCUGUAAAACAGUUUUUAGUACAUUUUACGAUAAAAAAGAACAACCUGGCAGCUCAGCCAAUAGAAUUUUACCAUAACAUUUAAUGUGUUUUUUUGUUUGUUUGUUUGUUUUUUACACCAAAUUCUUAUAAAUUUUCAAUUCUAGUAACUGAGCUGUCAUUUUUUUUUACUGAAAAAUCCAUAGCCAACUUUUUUUAAUGCAUUACUGUAUUUUCCAAGCUAUAGAGCACACCUGUGUAUUAGCCACACCCACUAAAUUUUAGAGGAACAAAAUAUUUUCCAUACAUAAGCCGCAGAUACGUUGUAAAAUGAGUGAUUUACGCAGAAAGAUUCUGUAACUGCUUAUUUACUUACUUUUUUUUGCAAACGCCUGCAACACGGCAGUAAAACGGCUGAUCAAACAAAGCAGAAGUCAUCACCUUGGACCCAGUAGCUGCGGAAACUAGAUAGAUGGAUAGAUAGAUAGAUAGAUAGAUAGUACUUCAUUGAUUCCUUCAGGAGAGUUAAAAUUCCAGCAGCAGUGUACAGAAUUGAGAUCGAAUUUGAAAAGUAAAAAGUAAAUAAUGGGGGUAUAAAUGGAAACAAAAUAGAAAACUAGCUCCUCAAUCAGCUAAACAGACUCAAUAACUUCACGGUGACGUAUUAGUGAAUUUACUCAGGAAUUGGUGAAACCGAAACGACACAAAAAGAAUGCCAUUGUAAGGUAAUAAUACAAACACAGAGACUCCUAAACGUUUUAGCAUGUUAGCUCGUGCUAACGACACUAGCUUGAUUACAUUAC